CGGUAGUUUCUACCGGACUUCCAGAAGAUGGGCACAGGUAGUGGGACACAAAUACCACUAUGGAUAUCAAUACUAGCACUUGCCUACGUACAGAUCAAAGUUCAAGCUCAGGGCAAUGAGCAACAAUCACAAUCAAACUAUGACUCUCCAUUAUUCCUGCAGCAACAAAAUAAUCUUUCACCAGUUUCCAAAUCCCAUGGACUGACGUUCAUCCCACCUCUUCAAAACACACUGAAAGUAAAGGCUGGCAACCCCUCUCACAAUGGCCGUGUAUGCAGUACAUGGGGUAACUUCCACUUCAAGAACUUUGAUGGGGACAUCUUUUACUUCCCUGGGGUCUGCAAUUACAUCUUUACAUCCAACUGCAAAUCUCCCUAUGAGGACUUCAAUAUCCAGAUUAGGCGCACCACUGGGGAAAAUGCUACCGUGAUCACUCACGUCAUCAUGAGGCUGGAAGGAGCAGUGGUUGAAUUGACACGCACCUCUGUCCUGGUCAAUGGCAAACAGAUUCAGAUGCCCUAUAGCCAUAUGGGAGUCAUGAUAGAGAGAAGCAACAACUAUUUGAAAGUUUCUGCCAAGUUAGGACUGAUCUUUCUCUGGAAUGAAGAGGAUGCCCUCCUGGUGGAACUAGAUAAGAAAUACGCCAACCAAACCUGUGGACUCUGUGGGGACUUCAAUGGAAUCCCAACUAACAACGAGUUUAUUUCACAAAAUGCAAAACUGACUGCUCUACAGUUUGGGAAUAGGCAGAAGAUAGAUGGACCCACAGAGCAGUGUGAUGAUCCUAUUCCUUCCACUGUUCUGAUGAACUGCUCAUCUGAAUUUGCUUCUAUCUGCAAGACAGUAUUAACCAGUGGAGCAUUCACAAGCUGUAAUGCACUUGUGGAUGUUCAGGACUACAUUGAAACUUGCAUACAAGACCUAUGCCACUGUGAUACUUCUAUGGCCGACUUCUGUAUGUGCAACACCUUUGCUGAAUACUCCCGGCAGUGUGCUCAUGCAGGUGGACAGCCUCUGAACUGGAGAACCUCAGAACUGUGUCCCAAGUCAUGUCCUUUCAACAUGCAACACCAGGAGUGUGGCUCCCCCUGCUCCGACACCUGCAGCAACCCUGAACGAUCUGCACUUUGUGAAGAUCAUUGUACAGAUGGCUGUACCUGUCCUUCAGGAAUGGUAUUUGAUGACAUUAAUGGUGCUGGCUGUAUUCCCCGUAAGGAAUGCCAUUGUACCUAUGAAGGCGAAACUUAUGCUCCUGGUACCUCCUUCUCAUCUAAAUGCAGAUCAUGUACUUGUGCUGGGGGUGAAUGGACUUGUGUCACCCAGUCAUGUCCAGGGACUUGCAGCAUCGAAGGAGGCUCCCACAUUACAACAUUUGAUGAAAAAUAUUAUUCCUUCUAUGGAGAUUGUAGCUAUGUCCUAUCCAAGCUCUGUGACAGCAAUGAUUUCACUGUUCUGGGUGACAUCUACAAGUGUGGUCUCACUGACACUGAGACUUGCCUCAAAGGCGUAGCCAUCAGUCUAAGUGGAGGACAAACUAACAUUGUGAUCCAGCCUUCUGGCAGUGUAUUUGUGAAUAUGAUCUACACACAGCUGCCCUUCUCUGCAGCAAAUGUCACCAUCUUCAGACCAUCAUCAUUCUUCAUCAUUUUACAAACAACUUUUGGUCUUCAGCUGCAGAUUCAAAUUGUACCUCUCAUGCAACUUUUUAUAAACUUAGACCCAUCACAGAAAGGGCAGACCUGUGGUCUCUGUGGAAACUUCAAUGACAUCCAGACAGAUGACUUCAAAACCACAAGUGGUGUAAUAGAGGGUACUUCGGCUGCCUUUGGCAAUACUUGGAAAACUCAGGCUGACUGUCCUGAUGCCAAAAUUACCUUUGAGAACCCCUGCACUCUCAGUAUAGAAAAUGAUAACUAUGCUCAGCACUGGUGUGGCUUGCUCUCUGAUACCAUGGGACCUUUUGCAGAAUGUCACUCAACAGUGAAUCCAGAAGUUUACCAGAAGAACUGCAUGUUUGAUACAUGUAACUGUGAGAGUACUGAGGACUGCAUGUGUGCUGCCCUUUCCAGCUAUGUCAGAGCCUGUGCUGCUAAAGGAAUACUCCUUAAUGGAUGGAGGAACAAAGUCUGCACAAAAUACACCAACACAUGUCCAAAAUCCUUGGAGUACACUUACAAUGUUGAUUCCUGUCAACCUACUUGUCGUUCUCUGAGUGAGCCUGAUGUCACAUGCAACAUCAAGUUUGUCCCAGUUGAUGGCUGCACCUGUGUAAAUGGAACCUACAUGGAUGAAAGUGGCAAAUGUGUGCCUGCAUCUAGCUGUCCUUGUUACUACAAAGGAAUGCCUCUGUCUACUGAGGAAGUUAUUCAUGAUAAUGGCAUUGUCUGCACUUGCAGUUACGGAAAGCUGAGCUGCAUUGGAGAGAAACCAUCACCAGUCUGUGAACCUCCCAUGGUCUAUGUUGACUGUGGCAAUGCCACUGCAGGUGUCAUAGGAGCAGAGUGCCAGAAGAGUUGUCAGACUUUAGACAUGGAAUGUUACAAAACCCACUGCGUCUCUGGCUGCAUAUGUCCUCCUAAUUACGUAUCAGAUGGCAAAGGUGGCUGCAUAGUUGCUGAAGAGUGCCCAUGUGUUCACAAUGGGUAUUCCUACCGUCCAGGAGAAUCAAUCAGAGUUGGCUGCAACAACUGCACGUGUAGAAACAGAAAGUGGCACUGCUCCGAGGAACCUUGCCUAGAAACCUGUUCAGUUUACGGAGAUGGGCAUUAUACCACCUUUGAUGGCAAACGCUUUGAUUUUGAAGGAGACUGUGAAUAUGUUCUAAUCCAGAACUACUGUGGCAGAAAAGGUUUGAAUCAGGGAACCUUCAGAGUAAUCACUGAAAACAUUCCAUGUGGCACAACAGGAACCACCUGCUCCAAGUCCAUUAAAGUUUUCUUGGGGAACUACGAGCUGGUGCUCAGUGAUGGACAUUCUGAUGUCAUCCAGAGGUCACCUGGAGGAGAAAUGCCAUUCCAAAUCCGUUCCAUGGGCAUCUACACGGUUGUUGACACUACUGUUGGUCUGAUACUCAUGUGGGACAAGAAAACCAGUAUAUUCAUCAAACUUAGUCCCAGCUUUCAGGGACAUGUCUGUGGCCUUUGUGGAAAUUAUGAUGGCAAUGGAAACAAUGACUUCACAACGCGCAGUCAGUCUGUGGUAGGAAAUGUGCUGGAGUUUGCCAAUAGCUGGAAAGUGUCUUCUACUUGCCCAAAUGCCAAUCAAACCAAAGAUCCAUGCACUGCAAACCCAUACAGGAAAUCCUGGGCACAGAAGCAAUGCAGCAUCAUUACCAGUGAAGUAUUUGCAAAGUGUCACUCCCAGGUUGAACCGAAUGAAUAUUAUCAAGCAUGUGUGGAUGAUGCUUGUGCUUGUGACACUGGAGGAGACUGUGAAUGUUUUUGUACAGCAGUAGCUGCCUAUGCUCAAGCGUGCAAUGAGCUGGACAUUUGCAUUUCAUGGAGAACCCCAUCCAUUUGUCCUCUGUUCUGCGACUACUACAAUCCACAGGGGGAAUGUGAGUGGCACUACAAGCCCUGUGGAGCCCCUUGUAUGAAGACCUGUAGUAAUCCAAGUGGGAAGUGCCUUCAUGAGUUGAGAGGUUUGGAAGGCUGUUAUCCACACUGCCCAAAGAAUAAGCCCUAUUUUGAUGAAGAAACCAUGGCUUGUGUUUCUAAUUGUGGUUGCUAUGAGAAUGGAAAACAUUACAAGCCAGGAAUGCAGAUGCCUUCAAAGCAGAACUGCCAAGCAUGUGAAUGCACAAACCAUGGCAAAAUAUGCAAAUAUGACGAACAUGAAUGUGUCUGUGUUUAUGAAGGACGGACAUAUAACUAUACAGAUAUGAUCUACAAUACUACAGAUGGCAUAGGAGGCUGUAUUGUUGCAACCUGUGGUCCCAAUGGAACACUUCAAAGAGCUGUGUUUGACUGCCCAAUCUCAGUAUCACCCACAAUACCGUUUUACUUCAGCACUACUCCACCUGCCACUGCUUCCACAGGUACAUCAUCACCAACGACAUCGGUAUGUGUUCAUGAAGUCUGUCAGUGGUCAGAAUGGUAUGAUGGAAGUUCACUAAUACCUGGAUUUGACGGUGGAGAUUUUGAAACAUUCAGUGAUUUGAGAGCUAAAGGUUAUGAAGUCUGUAGAGCUCCAAAGGCAGUUCAAUGCAGGGCAGAGAAAUUUCCUAACAUACCACUGAAGGACCUUGGCCAAAGUGUAGAAUGUAAUACAAAAGAUGGGCUUAUAUGUUACAACAAAGAUCAAAUUUCAACUAUGUGCUACAAUUACGAAAUCAGAAUCUUAUGUUGUGUUUUUGUACCAUGCUCUUCCACUCCAUCCAUCACAACACAUACCCCAGUUCCAGAAAUGACAACCACAACAUCAAGUAUGAUUACCACAACUUCAUCUACAACCACAGAAACAGGAACUACUUCUGUCACAAGCACUUCGGAAACAGCAAGUUCCUCCCCAGAGACAAUCACUACAACACCUUGCCAACCAAAGUGCAAAUGGUCCCAAUGGUAUGAUGUCCAUUUCCCAACACUGCACAACAAAGGAGAUUAUGAAACCUACCAGGACAUUAGAUCUGCUGGAAAAGCAAUCUGCAGAAACCCUGAAAAAAUACAAUGCAGAGCAGAGAAAUACCCACAUAAAUCUAUUGAAGAAAUAGGCCAGGUUGUCCACUGCAAUGUAACAUAUGGACUUACCUGCAGAAAUGAAGAUCAAAAAGGAGAACUGCAUAUCUGUCUUAAUUAUCAAGUAAAAGUAUUCUGUUGUGAUGACUACAGCCACUGCCAAUCAAGCGUGACACCUACGGUAACAGAGGAAAUUACUACCACCACUACACAAACACCAGCUACUACAACCUCAGAAAUUUCAACAACUGCAACUAAAACAACAACACUAGUCACCAUAUCUCCUUCAACAGCAGCAAUCUGUGUAAAAGAAGAAUGUGACUGGUCAAUUUGGUAUGAUGCCAGCUAUCCAGAAUCGGGAUACGAUGAUGGAGACUUUGAUACAAUUCAGAAUAUAAGAAAACAGGGAUAUAAAGUCUGUGCUAACAGAAAGGCUGUUGAAUGCAGAGCAGUAAGAUUCCCUGAUACACCAUAUCAACUCCUGGAACAACAUAUUACAUGCAACACUGAAGAAGGUUUAAUAUGCUAUAAUAAAGACCAGCUACCACCGAUCUGCUACAACUACGAAGUAAGAUUUAAAUGCUGUAAAAACGUAACAAUACCAUGCCAAACAACACAAACACCAUAUUCAACUACAGAAACACAAACAACAACAACAAUUUCAACAACAACGACACCAUACACAGAAAUAUCAACAACACAAUACACACCACAGAUACAAACAAAACAUAAGACAACCACUAUAGAAACAAUACCACCAAGAACAGAAAAUAUUCACAGCGAAACCACAUCAACACCAAACCAAAGCACACAGACAGAAACACAGAAAACAAAGAAAACAGCCAUACCGACAUCCAUCUCCACAGGCACCUCCUCCCCUACGUCCUUCAUCACCGUCACAUCUUCCACAUUUUCCACCAGUUUCAGCACCAGUACUUCUAUAUCAACAUCAUGUUUCUGUAAAAUUGGAAACAACAUUUAUUCACCUGGUGAACUGAUUUACAGCACAAUGGAUAGUGAUGGAUGUAGAUUUUAUGCUAGGUGUAGUGAAAAAUGUACAGUUGAACGCUACACUGGAGACUGUAAUUUUACUACUCCAUUAACCACUGCAUCUCCUCAGACGCCUACCAUAAUAACAACACAUCCAAUUCUUCCUCCGGGUUGUGUUUCUGGUACUCACCCUCCCCUACAGCCUGGCCAGAGAUUCAAAUUAUCCAACUGUACAGAACUCAUCUGUGAGGGAAACAACAAAGUUAUAGUAAACCAAACAGUAUGUCCACCUAUAAAGGAAAUUACCUGUGCAAACAAAUAUCCAGCAGUAUUGGUACCUGAUGAAAAUGGAUGCUGUUACCACUAUGAGUGUCAAUGUGUCUGCAGUGGAUGGGGUGACCCUCAUUAUAUUACUUUCGAUGGAACCUACUAUACUUUCCUUGAAAAUUGCACUUAUGUUCUGGUGAAACAGAUUGUGCCUAAAUAUGACAACUUCCGUGUUCACAUUGAGAAUUACUACUGUGAUUCAAAAGAUGGACUUUCCUGUCCUAAAUCCAUUAUUAUUUUCUACAAAUCUGCAACAGUGAAGCUGACCCGUGAACUCCUGAAUGGUGUGAUGACAAAUGUGAUGUACUUCAACAAUAAGAUUGUCCAACCAGGCUUUCACAAAGAUGGCAUUUAUUUCUCCACACUUGGAAUCAAUAUGAUUGUAGAAAUACCAGAAAUUGGCGCAACCAUCACCUUCAGUGGGCUGAUCUUUUCUGUGAAACUCCCAUACAGCAAAUUUGGCAACAAUACUGAAGGACAAUGUGGAACAUGUACAAAUAACAAAAGAGAUGAAUGUCGCUUGCCAAGUGGUAAGAUCAUUUCUUCCUGUCCCCAAAUGGCUCAUCACUGGCUUGUUGGUAAUGACACAUCAUGCACUGGAGUACCACCACCAUCAAUAGUAACCACACCUCCUGCAAGGCCACAGUGUCAUGUUCCUGAACUCUGCAAGCUUAUCAUAAGCAAAGUUUUUGCAGAAUGCCAUGACGUGAUACCUCCAGAACCAUUUUACAAAGGAUGUGUUUUUGAUGGAUGUCGCAUAACUGAUGAAUCCAUGCAGUGUUCCAGUUUGGAGAUAUAUGCUACAGAGUGUGCUGCAAGAGGUAUCUGCAUUGACUGGAGAGGAAAGACAAACAAUACAUGCCCAUACAACUGUCCAGCAAACAUGGUAUACAAGCCAUGUGAGUCCAUUAAUUCUGCUACCUGCAGCCAAAGCUUUGUUGACCGUCCUGGCUAUGGAGUAACUGAAGGUUGUUUCUGUCCUGAAGGAAAGACACUCUUGAGUGAAGACAGCAACAUUUGUGUCUCUGAAUGCUCUUGUAGAGAGCCAAAUGGAGUAUUCAGAUGGCCAGGAGAAAAAUGGACAAAAAAUUGCCAGGAAUGUGUCUGUGACAGAUCUACUCUCAGAGUGCAUUGUACAAAAUAUGAAUGUCCUCUGCCACAGCAAGUAUCUUGUUCUGAACCAGGAUACAUGCCUGUUCAGACACAGAUACCAGAAGAUCCAUGCUGUACCAGGACUGAGUGCUACUGCAAUACGAGCCUCUGCCCUGAGGUCACACAACAAUGCUUAGAGGGACAGGAAGUAAUUACAGUAACACAGCCUGGAAAAUGCUGCCCUACCUUUGAAUGCAGACAUGGCUGUGUAGUCAAUGAAACCUACUAUGCGCCUGGAACUGUGAUUCCAUCAGGCCCCUGUGAAAGCUGCAGCUGCUCCAUAUCCUCUUAUUCAAGCCAUCAGAAGUUUGCUGUCAAGUGCCAGCCUGUUACCUGUGACACCUACUGUCCAGUGGGUUACAAGUAUACAGAGGAACCUGGAAAGUGCUGUGGCACAUGCAAGGCUGAAGCCUGCAUAGUGGUCAUGGAAGACAACACUACACACGUGCUUAAGGUUGGAAAAUUCUGGAGCCCACCUGGUAAUAACUGUACAACUUACACAUGUGAAAAAUACAAUGGCCAGUUCAUUACAGUCAUAUCAAAGAAAAGCUGUCCCGCCUUCAACCCGGAUCUCUGUGAACCUGACAGCAUCAGGCUAUCAGAUGAUGGCUGCUGUAGUGUGUGCUCAAUCCCACCAUCAGGUUGCAAGAAGCAUAACACCACUACUGUCAUCAAAUACCAAGGAUGUGUUUCUGCACCUGUUGAGAUGACAUACUGUGAAGGCAGCUGUGAUGCUUACUCAAGGUACUCUCAAGAAGCAAACAUGAUGGAACAUAAAUGCUCAUGUUGCCAGGAAAUCCAGACUAGUGUAAGAAAGGUGACUUUGACAUGCAGUGAUGGAACCUAUCUUGAUCACUCAUACACCUAUGUGGACCAAUGCAGCUGUGUUGGUGCUGAGUGUGUUCCACAAGACAUUGCCAACCAACAACAGCAAACAGGCAAAAUAUGAGAUAAAGAAGAAAAAGGGAACGCAAGAAAAAGGGAACGUCUAAAAUUAAAACUAAAGAGAAGCCAAAUGAGUUGAACAUAGAUGAAAACACAUUUGAAAGAAAGUGUCAAAAGCAGCUACAAUUUUUUACGAACAGAUUAUAUUUUCUGCAUACAAGCUCAAUACAUCUGUGUACACUAUGUCAGUUUUCCUUACCAUUGUGUCUCAUACUGUUUUUCAUGACUUUUCUUUACACCUUGAGAGGUACAGUAUAAGAUCAUAUACUGUAUACAAAACAUAUACAAAAUUUUCAUAUUUCUUGUUAGUUUGUUUGUCUUAUGAGAAGUGCUAAACCAUAAGAUUUAGACCACACAAAGUCUUUUAUUAGAAUGACAUUGUUUUCAAGGCUUUCCUUUCAUGGCACAAUAUAAACUGCACUGGUGCAGAAUAAAUAUUACUCUGCAGGAAAUCAAGUUUUGCUGGUCAUUACAUUCGACAACUACUUGACAUUAUCUGAGAUUUCCUUUGAUACACUGAACUAUUACGGAACAUUUCAAUUUCAGUUCACUGAGACAGAUCAAAAGCUAAAGUCCAAGAAAAAGAAAACUGUACCUCUGUUUUACUUUCUGUUUUGCAUUAUGGAAAACUUAGAUUGCAAAAAGCCAUAUCUUCUCAAAGCUAUAAAAUUCAAUGUUAUAAACAAUUUUUAGGGCAUUUCCCUAUCUAUUCUCAUGAGAAAGAAAAGAAAGAAAACAAAAGAAGAAAGAAGAAAGAGAGGGAGAAAGAUACUAUAAUGAUAAGCUGCUGCAUACUACUCUUUGUUUACAUAACAUCAUCAGCAUAGAAACUGUAUGAAAAUUUGGAAUUUUUUUUUCCUUUGUGGUUAACUGUUUACAGAAGAAAUAUAUAUAUAUAUAUAUUGCCAAUGGGGCAUAUGAAGGACUUUUGUAAACAAAAGUAAUAAUAAUAAUAAUAUUAUAUGUAAAUUCUUUCCUAGAAAGCUUUUAAAAAGUUGUACUAUUGCUAUUUAUUUUGUUUUUUUGGAGAACUGAUUUAUUGGGCCAUUCCUUUCAGAAUUAACAUUACCCCAUUUUUUAGUCUUAGUCAUAUUAUCUGGGUGUGGUGUAUUUUCUUCUUCCAUUUUGUUUUGGAAUAUUGUUUUAUUUUUGUUCUUUAUGAAAAAAAGUAAUGAUGAUUAAUAAAUUGUAAGCAUUUUA